AUGCCUGUUUUCCACACUAAAAUUAUCGAAACGAUCUUGGAGCCCGUAGCCCAACAGGUAGGAGGUGAUUUAACAGACAGACGAGUAUCCUACGUUCAGAUAUUAACUGUGUCUAAUUAUUCUAACUGUUAUUUGUGCAGUAUUUUAUACAGAUGCUCGUUUGUUUUAGCACCAUUGUCUGUUUUCCUUAGCUUUUUCGCGCAGCUGUCUGAUACCAAAGCUUUCAACCUGGGGUCUUGAGUUUAAAUUUUUAGUGGACAGAUUUUGUAAACACUGUCUAGAUCUUAAAUUCCAGAACAUGACUGAAGAGUGAAAAAAAAAUCCCACAUUGAUUUUACGAUGUUUGUGGACGAUCGAUCUCAAAGGAGGGUUUACUUUUUUAUAUGAGGCACUACUGGUUGUAGUUCCGCUGAAAGCUUCGAGAGGCUUUCAAUAUUUUUUUUCCAGUUUACGAGUUUUGCAUACAGGCUCUUGUAGAGUCUUUUGUUAUGUAAAAUAAACAAUAUGAAAGGGCAGUUGACUGUUCUUUUACUCCUGACUAAAAAGUAAACAUUAAUUUUUUACUCUGGAAAGGGAUAAUCGCUGCACAUAGUUAACAGUUUUGAAGUAAGAACCUUGAAAAUUUAUAUUUACUUCCCUGCUUCUGUUAAAUAUUUUGUUAAAAUAAGCUUGCAUGUUUUGAAAUUCAAGUUAGCUGAGUGAUAUUUUUAGUUACAGUCGUUAGUGUCUGUGCAUAGUGGAAAAAUGUCAAGGAGCUAGACAGGAAAAAAUAUGGGAUGUAUUUUUUUUUAAAAAAUUGAAAUAAGUUUUUUUAAAUAACAUUUAUUCAGCAAAUAUAGGUGGAUGGGUGGGUUUAAGUAAUGCAAGUCUUAUUACAGGCUUUAAGUUACUUUUAUAUUGGUCAAUGAGUUAUCAGUUUUAUAUGUGAGGAGUUUAAUAGUGUCCAAGUCUUGUUUUCAUGUAUAUUCCCAUACUUUGAUAUGCACGGAAUACCCCAUGGAAAAUCGAUGAUCAGAAAACCUGAUACUUCCAAGGAGGUGUCAAAUUAAUGCAGUUUAACUUUUUGGGAAAUUGGUCAGUAUUUCAGUUGGCAGUCAAUGGUGCAGUGGAGAUCUGCAAAAUUGUUUGUUUUUGAGAAAUAGAUGAAUUUUUAACGGAGAAAUCACCCCACAUAAUAAACUGAUUAUUGGGGUCCCUGUAUCCCCAUCUUGACCCCUGUCCGGUUACACUGUUUUGCAUGAAAGCAUCAUUGUUUUUGCUUCCACUAUUAUAUGAGGUUAUGUUUGCAUCAGUUGUCUACCUGAUUGCAAGUAGAGUUUUGUUUGCAUAUGUUACAGGUCAAAAUUAUAUUCACUAGGUUGAUUCUCAAUUUCCUUGAUAUCCUUGCCUUAAUUCAUGAAUAAUCAAGGCUAGGAGACAAGGGAAAUUGAGAAUCAACCUAGGUUAAAACAUUUUAGCCCGAAUUUAAUUUUGACCUGUGAUAAUACUAUGUGACUGUGUCGUGCCAUGAUUAUUUUUCUAAUGUCUGCACUGCUUGGUUAUUCUUAAGGUUUCCACACUAGUUAUCCUUCAUGAAGAAGCUGAAGAUGGCAAAGCAAUGCCUGAUUUGGCAUUACCAGUGCAAGCUGUUGGCACAGCUGUUCAGAAUCUUGUCAAGGUUUGUAUUGAUGUAAAUCGUCCCUUAAAAAUGAGAUUUCAAAAGUAGCAACUCUUCUUCGAUGAAUGCACCGUUGACAUAAUUCGAGGAAGGUGAUUAUUUCACUGGAAGUCGUUCCCUAAACAUUUUGUUUUAUUUUCCAAUUAAAUAAAAAAUGAUAACAUCAAAUGAACUGAACAUGGGCUUUUUAAGUGUUCCAACAAAUCAGUUUUCAGAGUUUGAAUUGUGACUGAUCAGUUUUGCUGGAUCACAUUGCACCUCAAUUUGACAGGGAGGCGGUAAAAGACGGCGAGAGGGGCGGUGGGUGGGUGGUGGGUCGAUUAUUCCUAUGCUAUUAAUAGAGGUACAUGAAGAACUGUUAGUGUUAGACAACAUGGAGCAUAAUAUCUCUUAACUUAGAAAUUGCAUUCAGUUACAUCUCUUUUAAACCUCUCCUGGGUAAGGACCUGCUGUGGUUUGAUUCUUAGCCCCUGUAAGCGACUCACUGAAACUCCUCUAGCCUGCGAGCAAGCUCUCCUAUUUGGGCGAGCGGCCGGCGAAUGCAACCAUCCCUUACAAAUUUUCAUUUGUACUUCGCCCAGACGAAGGGAAAUACCAUUGGCUGAAAAAUGAUGUUCCGGAAAUCAAAGUUGAUUAAUAACAGGCCAAGCUGGCACCUGCUUCGUCUGUGUGUCAAAUUGGUUCUCAGGGGGAUCAGAUUGGUACCGAGAACUUGUUUCAGCCCUCAAUGCAGAUGGGGUCGUUUGAUGUCAUUCUCGCAAAGAGAAUAUUGCGUGCUGAGGAUAAGUCGGACCGAGUUUGUAGUUCUUGUGGAAGGACAAUAAAAACACUUCAUCAGUUGUAUUCAUUUGUGUCGAGCACCUUUUUUUAGUUCUGAAAACCAGGAGAGUGAAAGUGAAGAGUGAUUAAAGCGCUGUAUUCCAACAUCGGUUUCUUCGCCCGAUUGAAUUCUGCUGGGUAGAAAAAUUCAGAAACAUGUACUUGACAGAGUAGCUGUGUAGCUUGACCGUAAAGAAGGAAAAGAGAAAGAGGUGGAAGCAACUGGAGUAAACCUUAAGAGGACCAAGUGCAGGAAAACGCUAUUCUCCAGUUCCAGACGGACAAAUAUGUGAAUUUUGCGAUGGGGAGUAGUCUUCUACACUGCAGUAUGGACGACUUUUCAAAAGUAAAUGAAACGAGAAUCAAAGUAGUGAGUUCUUAUCCGAGCGGACACAUUGAAGUUCGAUGUCCCCAUUAAAAAAAAACAUAUCAGUGAUUAAAAACAUUGCCUUGAUGCUGUGCGAAAGCGAUCUAUAAAAAAAUAAUUCUACGCACCCUCGGCUGUCUAAACUUACUUGACAGGCGGUUGUCACUUUUCUAAUCUGCAGCAUGCUUGUGGUGACAGUUUUCACGCUUUGCGGAGUCCCGGGGUUUCUGGGGUGGAAAUGAAAAUUUAUAAGAGAUCAUUGCAAGCUCUCCUUUCCUCGGCCCCUCGCUCACGCGUUUGCAAGGCUCGCUUCGCUUGCCCAAAUAGGAGAGCUUGCUCGCAGGCUAAAACUCCUCAUUUUGGGUGGUCGCUUACGUGAGGUUCACCUUUAUUUGUUUCAACAUUGUAAUCUCCUUUUUCUCUCCAGGUGGGUAAAGAAACAGCAGCAUCCAGUAAAGAUGAAAUUCUCAAACAAGAAAUGCCGCUUGCUUUUAAAAGAGUGGAAGAGUCCUCUAUUCUUUUAGUGGAAGCAUCUCAAAUUUUACGACAAGAUCCUUACUCAUCCACUGCUCGUAAGAAGUUAAUUGAUGGUGCUCGCGGUAAGUGAUCCUACAUAUAAGUUACUGGUACUUUCUAUUUCAAUAAUGGACUCCACCAGUCUCCCACAGAUCACAAAAAGCCCAGAAAAUUGUUGUUGAAAAUUUUUUUCCCUUAUCAGUCUGUUGAGCUUCAUGGUUUAUGAUUGAGUCUAGUUAUUGUUCCUCUGUAAGGAUCAACUUUUAUAUGUUAUUUAUGUUGAUGGACAUUAUAGAAAUUAACUACAUUUUAAAACUGCUGUAGUUGUAAAUUCUUGUCCCCUUGAUGUUCAUCCUUAUUAUUUCAGGCAUUCUUUCGGGAACAUCAGCAUUGCUGCUGACAUUUGAUGAAGCAGAGGUGAGAAAAAUUCUAAAAGUUUGCCGAGGAGUUCUAGAAUACUUAUCUGUUGCUGAAAUUGUGGAAAGUAUGGAGGAACUUGUCACAUUUGUGAAGAAUCUAACACCAGGAAUAACUGAAAUGGCAAAAAAGGUUGAAGCUAGAAUUGAUGAGCUGACACAUCAGGUACAUGCUGAAAUGCUGAAGAAAUCCAUCACUACUGUAAAGGCAAUGACAACUCAGCUGAUCACUUCAAUCAAGACUUAUGUUCUGACUGUGCAAAGAGGUAAAUUUAAAGUCUUUUUAAUUUAAUAAUUAAACUACAAAUAAAAAAAAUUAAAUUGAAUUAAAUACCUGUUGUCAAUCAGGUCAUAUUUACCAUACUGUGUACUUGAACAAUUAUUCUUUUGUUGAAAAACCUUGAGUUGGUGCUGAAUAUCUCAACAGGACAGUGUUUCAUUACUUUUAAAGUAUUCAGGGUGCUAUGUUGAUCUUCAGUACAAUGGUGAAUAGUGCUUUUAAAAUUCAAUUUCACUGAUUUCGCCUGGUAGUUUCCAAUUUUAUUUCCAGACAAGCCCUCUGAUGUAUUUUAGGGCAAUACCCAUUUAUGAGCCCCCAGUGGCUUUUACUUACGUGGUCGCUUAAGAAGAUGGUUUGUGUUGCAUUUCUAAUUAUUCGGCAGGGCUUAGAAAUGUAUAAUGUGUCACUUUAUGGUGUUAGCUUUUGGGUGAGUGUGUGAAAUAAAAAAUCAAGUCGUGACUAGCUGAAUUUUAAAAAUAGAUCAUCACAUCUCUGAAAGAAGUUCCCUAUUUUUUUAAGUUUUAUGUCAUUUUUAGUGAUGACUGCCUGCCAUUAAAUUUUGUUCCAUAAUGUGCAGUGGCUUUCAACAUGGGAUAAACAUAAAGUGUUGAAAAUGACAUCCUGGCAGUGGGUAUCACUGAAUAGAUGCAAUAAAAAAAUGUUCUUUACUGCAGGAGGGCAAAACAUUGCAGAGGCACAAGAAUACAGGAAUUUUGUUGUUGGCAAGAUGUGUUUUGAGAUCAGUGAAAUUAUCCGAGUAUUGCAGUACACCACAUAUGAAGAGGAAGGUGGAGAUGAUCCUUUGAAUGAUAUGAAAAAAGCUGCAUCUCUUUUUGACAGCAACUUGGGUCCUGCCAUGAAAUGGGUUACCACACCCACUGAAUCAGCUGGUGGAUUAGGUAGGUCCAAAAAUGUUGAUUAACAUCAUUGCAAAAGUUAAUGGUAAAAAUCUGUUUUCCCUGAUAGAUAUCCCUCUUGUUAUAAACAUUUUAUCUUUGCAUUAUUUUAUAUACUGUGCUUUGCUUUCUUUUCAGCAUUGUGUAAAAUUUAUUGAAUGUUAUGUUUAUUGCCACAUUGCCAUUUUUUAUUCAGAUGUUAAAGUAACUAAUAUUGCAAAAAAACCAGUGGUUUCCUCGUGACUAGAUUUUACUAUUUACUUGCGAAAAAUGUGAAACUGAUAAAUUUGCUUUAAUUGUUUUAAAUGACACUGUACUCUCUGUGAGAGUAGUACCUAUCCACAAUCAGAUGUAAUUGUCAUAAAACAAACUCAGGUACAGUGUACUCAAGGUAAGGUGUAGCUAGGAAGAGACAAGAUAGGGGCUUUGCCUUGUCUAGAUUUAACCUUAAAAAAAUAAAAUAACCAUUCAUUUGGAAAAAAUUACUUUGCUUUUUCUCAAGAAAUACCUGAAAAAAGCUGGAAAUAGCAUUCAGAGCUUUUAGAUUUCAAAAUUUGUUGGGGGACUUACCUCCAGUUUUUCCUAGUGGUUGGCACAUUAUUUUGGUGAUAACAGAUCUUGCCUAAUCAGUAUGCAAAAAGUCUGCAUGGCUAUAACCUUGGUCAUUACUGCUUUUCUAGUUUUCUUGAAUCUUGACACAAGUGCCAUGUAAUUUUGAACUUAGGUGAGAAGGCUGUGAGGGAGUGUAUUGCACAAGGUCGAAAAUUUGCUGAUGCAUGUCAAGGACCUGACAAAGGAAGAAUAAGGAAAGUGUGCGAUGAUCUUGAUAGACUGAUGGGUGAUUUGGCACAGCUUAGAAAGCUGGGCAAGGUUUGUAGAAAGUCAUAUAAAUUUAUCUCAACGGACAGUUAUCUGGAAACAAUGCUUACAAGAAAUCUUCAUAUUAUGUGUGGUUAUUAAGGUCUACUGUAAGGCAAAUUUGCCUGCUGCAAAUGCACUGAAAUAUGAGAUGUACUGUACUUUUGAUAAACCUAUAAUGAUUCAUGUUAUUAUAUAGGUACAUCAAACCUCUUAGCUGUUUACAAGAUAGAGAUGCGGGUAUAAUUAGCAUGAUUUAGUUACUGUAAUUUUAACUUAUAGAAGCUCGUGAAGGGCCCAGACAUGUACAACUUGAUUACAAUGCGACUGAACUUGGUGUCACCUCAAGUAACCAAGGAAAUGUCAUGUUUUUCAUCCAAAGGGUACAACUCCUGAAGGCCAAAGACUAAACAAAGAGGUAGCUCAGCGGUUGGAAGAUUUGAAUUCUCAAAUGCAGGAUGCAAUACUGGUUCAAGAACAGUCAGGUGUGCGUAGACCAGCAAACACAUUUGCUGGAAAAAUGGAUCAGGUGCAUCAGUGGAUGAACAACCCCUCCUCAGACCCUUCUGGCUUAGGUAGGUGUCCAAUUCAAUGUGUGUGUCAGUGUGUGGGUAUCCCGCCCUCUUUAUACUAUUGUAUCUAGAUCUGUGUGAUGGAUGCCUGUUCUCCCUUAUGUUUGAAGGGUUAUUGCUGGGCUGCAUCAGACCCUUCUGGCUUAAGUGGGUGUCCAAGUCAAUGUGUGUUAGUGGGUGGGUGUCCCUCCCUCUUUCUGACAUUUAGUGUGUUUGAUGGGCACCUGUCCUCCUUGAUGUUAGAGAUCUUAUGGCUGGGAUGUGCCAGGAUUUGCCAGGCUUGGGGGCUGGUGAGAUGAGGGGUUAGUCUCAAUCUAGGAGCUGGUUGCCAUGUCGCAUAAAACCAUUGAUCUGCCAUUUAGCAAUGCAGUUGUUAACAAUGACCAUGUUUAUUAGUAUCUUAAAUGUUUAUGCAUUCAACAAGAAUUCAUUACUGGAAUUUUAUAUGCAAUACCGUUUUUUUCACUUGGGAAUUGGAUGUGUUAUUCUUUGGCAGGUGAAAGGGCCAUACGUGAAUGCAUUGACCAGGGGCGAGCAAUCGCGGACAAGUGCUCCGGGCCAGAGAGGAGUGCCAUUCUGCAACUUUGUGAUGAACUUGAUGACCUAACUAAUGAAAUUGCUGAAAUGAUGAGAAGAGGAAUGGUAAGAAUAAAUUAUAUGCAUAGUUGGAAUAUGAAAUGUCAAUUCAUAACCUGUGAUAAUUAGCUUGACAAUUUUCUCUUCUAGCUUCUCAGUAAUUGUUAAAUACUUGUUACAUAAUCUAUGCAUAGUAUGAAGAAACUUGGAAUGUUAAAAUACCCUUCACAGAAAAUGGAAGAUACACAUCCAAAAAGUCCUGGAGGAAGUCCUCAGUUGCUACAGAUGUAGGUUGCUGUAGCUUCAUUGAAAAUUCUGCAGGCAAACCUCUUAUUUGAGUUGAUCUUGAACAGACUGAAACUUUGAACAUCCACCCCAACUGUAAAGCAAUGAUGUAGAGUGCUAUGGAACACAGCUGUGCCCUAAGGAAAAUUCUUGCAAGCUCAAAUCAAUGCUCUGAACCUGAAAAGUCCAGGCGUAUGAUUUUUAUUUAAACUCAUCACCAAUAGAUGAGCUUGGGCGUUGGUGCCUUCAAAGUUGGUGGAGCCGGGCAAUCCUCUAGCAUGAGAAGGAGGUAUCCAUGGCAGCCCCUCUGAGCAGCCCCCACCAGGCACCAUCACACUGAACAAUUCAGUGGAAUACUUACCGACCCAAUACUUACCUAGCCCACACCAAGAGGGAGUGAGGGAUGGGAAAAACCAAAGCACAAACUGGCACGCAAACAGCAAGCAAUUGCAACAACACUUUGCAAAGAACUGCAAGCAAGCAACUGCGUAUAUAAGUCACGAGGUGCCCCUGCUAGAGGCAUCGGGCCACCCCUACUAUAGCUGGGGAAACAGCUGACCAGCAAUGCUUCGAGGUUAACUUUGCCUAAAUUAUAUUUAGCCAAAUGCAAAAACUGAGCACUGAAAAGUAAGAUGCUAUUGGCCACAGUCACUGUAAUAGAGCACAGCCUUAUGAAAGGCCAUAACCAAAAGCCACAGAAAAAAAAAAUGUUACAUUCAUUAGUAAGGUAAACUUUUCAUUGUCAUCAUAAUUAUUAUCACCAUCAUCGGUCAACUGUGUUACUGUUGGUUACAGGCUUUUGCUUUUGCUUUUGCUUUGAAUCGAAACCCACCAACCAUGAGCGAGGUUCGUGAUACACUAAUCACUAACAACCACGGUGGUACAAAUAAUCUGACUCAGGAAGUUGACACUAUCACCUGAUUAAAACCUGCAGUGUACGGUCAAAACGUUGCAAUCAAUAUCAAAGUGACAAUCAUGAGACAAAUGAUAAACUAAACCCUUUAUGUUUCUGUUGUGUCAUAUGGACACCAGACCUUUUCUGGCAAUGGUGGGAGAGCUUCAUUGAACAACCACAAAAGAUCAGCUUUGAUGCUCCACUGUGGCAAAACGAGACCUUCAAGCUAGUAUAAUAACACCUUACCAGAAUUUUUCUUUGUUUCUUUGUAGGGUAACUCUCCACAAGCAGCUGCCAUUGCACAAAAGAUUGAAAAGAAGUUAGAAGAACUGAAUAACAAACUACAAAAUGGAGUUAUUGCUCAGGUUGCAGAAGAUUUUAUGGACACAACAACAAACUUGAAGCAGCUGGAGAAAGCUGCAAGAGCCCCACCUGGUAAUGGCCUAAAUUACAGUAAAUAUGUAAAAUUCCUGUAAAUUAAGUGGUAAAUUAGAUAAUUGGUAAAAAAUAGCUUUGUUUGAUGUUUAGAUCCCUCCUCCAAUAAAAGGAAAUUAACAACACAAACACAUAUCAGUUGUAAUAUUAUUAUAGUAGUGUUCCUGAAACCCAGAGGCCACUACUGCUGUCUUCAGCUGUGUGAUCACUUAGUGCCAAAAGUCUUAUGUUUAACCUGCAGGGAGUAUUUUGCUCUGAUGUUUACACUUAACUAUGAAAAGGACACUUCCCUGAAAAGGUCACCAAAAAUUUUUUCAACUGUUUGUCAGUCCUUUUUUACUAUGCAGACACUUGUUAAGACAGAAACAUAGUGUCAAUAAUAGUGUCCCUUUUAGAAAGAGUUGACUUUAUAUAUUUCUGUUCAUGCUGUAGAUGUGCCCGGACGUGAAGCUGAGUUUGAAAGCAAAGCAGGAGCUUUUGAACAUCAGGCAAAUCAGAUAGCUGAUACGGCCAUUCAACUGGCUAAUGCUGGUGGAAAUACUAACAAAAGACUUCUGGAUCAGAUACGCCAAAAUGCUGACGAAGUGAGUAUAAAUCUGAACUAAUCUAAUCAAUGAACUUUGUGAAAAAGAUAUUGUUUUUAUGUCUCUUCUUUAGUCCACAGAUGUCAGUAUCAUUCGUCUCAUGUUCUUGUCCCUCAUUUCAUAUACUAUUUUCGUGGAAAAUUAAACUGACACUACGUCAAAUACAACUUUUGUUCAUUUCUUUGUAGUUUUGGCUGCAUACCUGCAGCAGUGCAGACAAAAUAUAGUUGUUAUUUGUUUGCCUGUGGGAAAAAAAGCAUCAAAGCAUUUGCUUCACUUGCGUUACUGGAACUCUUGCUGUUAACAGUAAUCAGUUGAUUUUGUAGAACAGCAACUGAAGGUAACUCCAGAUUUCGGCAUAUUAAAGGAGAGUCUGUUGAGGCCCUGCUAGGAUACAAUUCUGACAAGCCGACAGGCAACAUGGCCGUGACACUUGUAAAAAAAGAGCUGAAACUGUUACAGUGACGAUACCACAACGACAUGGCUUUCUCCUUUGCUGAUUUCUUUAGUGCCAAGAUUGUGCGAAUUCGUGAUGAGUUGCUGGCUAGAAAAGAGCAGCUGGGGGAGCGCACCAUGGAAGAUUCUGAGUGUACGUCAUGCUUUAGCGAGUUCACAAUGGUAACAGAUGAAGACGUCUUAGGGUUGAUUAGGGGUUCAACUAUUAAGGCAUGCGCACUGGAUCCACUUCCAGCGAGCAUCAUGCGGAAAUGCUAUUCUAGUCUUGUCCCUAUAUUUAGAAGGGUCAUUAAUUUGUCAUUGUCAUCUGGAUUGCUGCCCAAGGAACUUAAGGUGGCGCUGCUAUCACCUAUUCUUAAGAAAUUAAAUGCAGACUUUGAGCAGUUUAGUAAUUUUCGCCCUGUAUCAAAUUUAAAGUUCCUGUCUAAAUUGAUAGAGAAAGCAGUGUUUGUGCAAUUGAAUAGCUAUCUUGGCGAAAAUGAUCUACACGAGCCUCUUCAAUCAGCGUACAAGAUUUUUCACAGCACCGAGACUGCACUUCUCACAGUUACAAAUGACAUUAUGCUGUCAUUGGAUAAGGGUGAGAAUGUUUUCCUCGUUUUAUUGGAUCUGUCGGCAGCAUUUGAUACCGUUAACCAUUCCUUGCUGCUGGCACGACUGCAGAAAUCAUUUGGUAUCAGAGGAACUGUACUGCAAUGGUUCGAUUCUUAUCUUUCUCAAAGAACUCAGUUUGUAAACAUCAAUGAGGCGAAUUCUACGGUACGAGAUCUUCCCGUGGGUGUUCCCCAAGGUUCUGUUCUUGGACCUGUUCUCUACCUUCUGUAUACUGCGCCACUUGCUAAAGUGAUAAGAUCUUAUGGCUUAGAUUAUCAUCUAUUCGCCGACGAUACUCAGUUAUACUUUGCAUUCAAAUCGGUGGAUGUGGACGCUGCUAAAUCGAGGGUCGAGAACUGCAUUUCUGCAAUAUGUCGCUGGAUGGAUCUCAACGAAUUGAAGCUAAACCACGACAAGACGGAGGUCAUGCUUAUCCACUCAAAGCAUCGUCCCUCUCCAUCCUUUCAGUCCUUAUGUGUUGGUGACGAGAGCGUGGCUGCCUCUCAGUCGGCUAGGAGUCUUGGUGUUAUCUUUGAUGAGUACAUGUCUUUUCAUGCACAUGUGUCUAGCAUCUGUAGAUCAUCAUUUUAUCAUCUCAGGAACCUAUCUAGAAUUAGGAAGUAUUUCACUAAAGAAUCAGCAGAAGUUGCUGUUCAUGCAUUUGUCACAUCGAAACUAGAUUACUGUAAUCCAUUAUUAUACGGCCUACCUAAGUAUCAGUUACAAAGAUUGCAGUAUGUACAAAACACGGCGGCUAGAGUUGUGUUGCAAGUGAGUAAGUUUCAGCAUAUCACACCUGUUUUGUGUGCGCUUCACUGGCUACCGAUUCAAUAUCGUAUUAUUUUCAAGAUUCUGCUCGUCGUGUAUAAAUCACUGAAUGGGACAUCGCCUAGCUAUUUAGCUCAAAAACUACAUUAUCGUCCUCAUUCUAGAUCAUUGAGGUCUGUUAGUAAUGAACUUUUAAUGCAACCUAGAUCGUAUACCAAGACCUACGGAGAUAGAGCAUUCGCUGUUCAUGCACCAAGAGAAUGGAACUUAAUACCCUAUGAAAUUCGGAAGUCCAACACCAUCUCGAGUUUUAAAAGAUCACUUAAGACGUACUUGUUUACUAAAUUCAGUGAUAACGGAUCAUUGUUUUUAUAAAUUUGUAUAUAUUGCGUUAGUUUUAAUUUUUUCCCUUUUUUUUAUCAUUAUGAAUAUGGUUUAAUAGUUGUUUUAGUUUCAAUUUUUCCUUUUUUAUCCAUUGUAAAUAUAUUAGGAUAUGGUCGUAAAUUUGUAAAUAUUUUUCAAUAAUGUUGUUUACAUGAUUGUAAAGCGCCUUGAACAUAGGAUAAGAGCGCUAUAGAAAUAAAGUUAUUAUUAUUAUUAUUAUUAUCCUCAGUAAACGAGAUGUCUUGUUUUAAAAUUCAGACUAGGGACGUACGUACCUCGCCGCCUAGUGGUUUGAACUUUCAUUUAUUUUUGAAAACUAAAUUCUAGUCUCAAAAGGUCUUAGUUUUUUUAGUAUUGUAGCUUUCGACUGUAUCACACAGUCUUCACCAGCUUUAAAUGUACAGUGUUGUUGUCACGUGAAUAAGUCACGUGACAACAAAUGAUUAAAAAUCGCGGAAAGUUCAUAAUCCCCAUCUCUAUUUUUAAUUGGACGCUGGCGACUGAUAAUAAUGGCCUCCUUUAUUUUGUUUUACAUUUAUCUUAUUUAUUUUAUUAUAUACAGCUCAAAGAAUUGACCCCUCAAGUAUCUCAUGUUGCUAAAAUCCUGUUGGAUUAUGGAAAGCAUUCCCCUGGGGAUGUACCUGCGGUGUCUGUUCAUUUUGAAAGUAUGCGUGAUGGUUGGAAAGAUAAGAUGCAGGCACUGACAAACCUUGUGGACAGUGCUACAGAUACUGGAAAGUUUAUUGAAGCCUGCGGUAUGUACCAUGUCAUAUCAUUCAGUUCCGGAGUUAUUGUGGUUGUUUUCCAUUAAUUUACAUGGUUCAAGUUUUGAGUAAAUGGUACGCAAAAUUCAGGACUGGUAAAUUUCUUUCGAGAAUCACGUUUACAAUUUGUACAAAUCAGUUCCAUUAACCGACAAACCCUAACCCAAAAUAUCUGUAAACUUAGACCAUUUUUUUACGUGAUAUGCCUUUGCCAACAUUUUCAUACCUUUUAUUUCAGAGGAAGCAAUUAAUAAAGAUGCAGAAAUGUGUAAUGCUGCUAUGGAAGAAGGAAAUCCACAGGUAGUUUUAAAUAACUAUGCGGUUUUCACCUACUAUGUUAAUACUCUGACCUAUCGAAGAAAAACAGAUACUGACACU